GGGAAGUUUGCAGAGCGCAGUUGUCCGGCAGCCAGUCUAGUGUGCUGUUUGCAAAUAUCCUGAGCUGAGAGCUGCGAAGGGAGAGGGGAGAAGGAAGUGGAGCACUGACGGACGGACCGCUGCUACAAACAAACCUUCGCUUGCAUCGCAGAGGGGAUCGUUCUUUAUUCCUUUCACAGACAUUUUUUUUUAUUUAAAACGCGGGUGUUUAGAUUGUUAUUUUUUUGUGUGUUUUUUUUUUUUUUUCACUAUUAUUUUUCCCACCCCCUCCAGACAAUUAAGUUCGGGGAAGAAAAAUGGAUGUUUUACCGAUGUGUAGUAUUUUUCAAGAACUUCAAAUAGUUCACGACACGGGCUAUUUCUCAGCCUUACCAUCUCUGGAGGAGUACUGGCAGCAGACUUGCUUGGAGUUGGAGCGCUACCUACAGAGCGAGCCGUACGUCUCCACGUCCGAGCUGAAGUUCGGCAGCCAGGAGGACCUCUGGAGCAAGCUGAUCCUGGCCUGCGGGGACAAGGCCAAGGCCGACCCGAACCUGGCCCUGGCGCCGGCCCACGACGAGGACAAUCAGGACGGCCAGAUCUUGGACAGCAACAGCGUCAACUCUGACGCCAGCAGCGAGGCUUCGGACAGUUUCGAGGAGCUCUCCCCCACGCACAGCUUUACCUCCAACCCGUUGGGGUCGGCGUUGGUUGGCUCUGGACCUUUUAGCCCCUCCGUCAUCAGCACGCCGCCGUCCUCGCCGGAGGCCGCCGUGGGCACGGGCGCCGCCAUCAACGGCUGGGUGGCGACGCACGCCGGGCUGAACCUCCCCGUCAAAAUCAGGACCGCCGGCGGCGGUGGCGUGGGAGUAGGAGGCGCGGCGGUGGCGAAGGCCGCAGAAAAGACUGGACUCCUCUGCGGGGACGCGUCCCCGGACGCCCGGAGGCGGGUACACAGGUGUCACUUCAACGGCUGUCGCAAAGUUUACACAAAGAGCUCGCAUCUGAAGGCACACCAGCGCACGCACACAGGUGAGAAACCGUACAGGUGUUCGUGGGAGGGCUGCGAGUGGCGCUUUGCACGGAGCGACGAGCUGACCAGACACUUCAGGAAGCACACAGGGGCCAAGCCAUUCAAAUGCAAUCACUGUGACAGAUGUUUCUCCAGGUCCGACCACCUGGCCCUUCACAUGAAGAGGCACGUCUAACGCAGGGCCAGCGUCGACCGGGCAACGCACCGAAGGGAAAAUCCUCUUAAAUUUUCUCUCUCAAACUUUUUUUUUUUCUCUUUUUUUUUUUUUUUUUUUUUUUUUUAAUUCUUUGGUGGAGAGAGGGAAAAAAAAAGAAGAAAAAAUCCAAACGCACGCCAUCUCCCGACUGGCCUCUUGGUUGAACUGUCCCAGAGAGCAGAGCGGCGAGGGCGACGGGGGCGGGAGGAGGAGGCGUGUCCCAGCCAAAGCAUGCCGUUUUGCACCGUACCGAAAUAACCCAGUGCCUCCGGGACCUCACUUUGUUUAUUUUCUCUUUUUUUUUUUUGGAGACGGGCGCUCUGAUGGUUUUCUGUUGCAACAAGACGACGAAAUUGCGGACGCGAGUGGGAAGGAAAUGUUUUCCAUCGAGGACUUUAAGAAAAGACCGGGGGAGGGGUCUAUGGGGGGGGGCAACAAAAAAAAACAACAAAAACAAACAAAAAAAUGCUUACAGAAAAAAAAAAAAAAGGCGAGUGAAUGAAUUGUACGUAUGGUGCAUGAUGUUUUGGGGGGAAACGUCUCCCGGACAGCAGAUACACUGGUACUUUACAAACCUGUCUGAGGUUAGCAUGUCUGCACUGUGAAUGUCUGAGAUUGGCUGACCGGCCCAGGAUGAGGAUUGAAGAGGAGACGGAUUGGUGCGGGGCUGGUACCAAUGUUGCUGUGGACUGAAUGAGUUUCUGUGGUGGAGGCAGGCUUGGGGCGGCGACAUUCCUGCUGUUUCCCCAGGUGGCAGCGUGAGCAUGAGGCCAGGUCACGUCUGCCUCGUCUGUCUGGCUCCCAGACUCUGAAGGCGAGGGGACGGGAAGCAGGGGAUGGAGGUGGGGGUGGAGGUUCGGAUCGCUUCAUCUGAAACCCGUCAGGCUUUGGGUCCGACCAGAAAAUAGACACGAAGCCUUCUGGUCUGUGCCUCCACCCCCUCUUCCCUGAAUGACAGAAGCCUUGUUUUGGUGGUUUUUCUUUUUACUUUUUUUUUUUUUUGUUUUUUUUUUGGUGCAGCUACUAAAUGUGCAAUGUGUUAUGUAGCCUGGUUUCUUAAUUUUUCUACAAGCUACAAAACCCAUUUGUAGUACCGACUGUAUGAGCUGUGUGCUUAGAGGUAAUAACACAACUAUACUAUUAACUUCAGUAUCAUAGCCAGGUGUUGCAUGGUUCUAGGGAUUGUUUCCAUUUCCAGUUUCCCACUGUAAUCAGGACUGCAAAUAGUUUCAAGAAAAGUGCAGCUAAAGACGCAAACAGUUAGAUGUUACAAUAUUGUACAUAAAGGCCUCCACAAUUCCUCCUUUUGUUUUUUUUGUUUUUAGUGGAGAUGCACCGAUCUGGCUUGACCGGCCCAUGCCAAUUUAUUUAUUUUAUCUUUUUAUAUGUUCUUUUUUAAAAUCAAACACAAAUGAAGGAAUAACUUGUCCCCCAUUGUGCAUCUAGGUGUACGUCUCCAACAUUUACCAGAUUCCAAUAAAUUUACAUUUUUAAUCAUUAUUAAUCAACAAAAGAAAGGAUCAAGUACCUCCUGUUAGUUGAAAAAAUGUGGGGACUUUUCAUUUUGAUGCUUUUAACACAAGGGAGAAAAAAAAUAAUACAAAAUUCUUUUUUUUCUCAGUAUGUUGCCAUGCAGGUCAGGGGGGGGAAAAAUCGGCCGAUUCCAACAUCUGGCUGGUCGAUCGGUUCAUCUCUACUUUCACCCCUUUUUUUUAAGUUUCCUCUUCAUUGUGGUUGUCCAUCUGCCUGGAGAUUUCACUGCUGCUCAUAUCCAUCUGAUGCCUCAAAGACUAAUUUCUGCAUAGUACUUCUUCUUUUGUUUAUGUAUGUGUGUGUGCAUACACUCUUUUUCUUUCUACCUAAUAAUGCACUGUUGACCUUAAUGGUGCCUUAUGCAAGUGCCCCCCCCCCUCCCCCCACCCCCCACCCGGGGAUGUCACGUUUGUCGACUGGUGAUUUAUUAUUUUAAUUUUUUUUUUUUUUACAAGCUCUAUCAAGGCUCAAUUACAAAACAGUUGCAAUAGUUAAAUUUUCCCCAUGACUAAUUGAGCUGCUGCAUUUGGAAGUCUUUCACACAGAGUACCUGGUAUCAGUUGAUUUGCCUUUUUUUGUGUGUUAGUUUUUUGUUUUUUUUUCUUUUAUGAGACGGAGCAGUGGGUUAGCUGUUGCUCAUCACAUUUAAGUUGAGUUGUAAAUAAGACGAUGCUGCACCCCGGGAGCACUUAAAUUCGUUUAUUAAAGGCGUUAACUACUGUGUAGUAUGUACUCGAGUCCAUCUCACACAGCACAAAGGUGGAAAGUGAUUAAGAUGUUGAAAUAAAAAAAAAUAAAAACCCGACAGCGACGCUCCGUUUCGAGCGCCUUCCCUGGGAUUCCGACCGUAUGACGGCACAGACACUCGCAACAAAAAUGCGAAUUUCUUUUCCGCAGCAAGUGACGAAGCAACCGUCGUCUCCCAAAGAAAAGGCUUUCUGAAACUUUAGCUUUAGCGUAGCUUGAACUCUGUUACCCCCUCCUCUCCUCUGCUGGUUCUCCCAUCUCCUGUCCCCGCAUCCAAGUGGGAGUGAAGGGGGUAAAAAAAAAAAAAAAAGAAAAAAGGUAAAGAUUUAUUGUAAUUAACAGGCUGCAGUCGGACAGGCCUCGCCUUGUACUGCCUCUCGGUAAUGAAUUGCUAAAGGCUUUGUUGGCAUGGAAUCUGUCACAGACUGCUGACUGUGUAGGUUGGUUAUUGACCUGUCUGGAGCGCGUUGUUUCAGCCAAAGCUGCAACUGUAAUACAGAGGGGAAAUGAAGGGGGGGGGGGGGGGGUUGGAUGAGGAAAUUAGGCAAAAAGAAAAACAUUAUUAAGGAUUGACACUGGAGUGAAAAGAUGGGGGGGGGAAUGGAGGUGAUUUGACUUCAGUUGAUCAGGAUGAGGCGAUCUGUCCGCUCCCACCCGGGGUCGGCGACCUCCGAUGUCGCAGCGACCGAGGCACGCUCCGGACGUAUGGAUUUCGGAUCAGUCGCAGGAGACGGGGGGGUGGGGGGGGGGGUGAGUUCAAGCUUGAAACUGCUUGCUGCGGUAGAUUUUGGGGGAAAGUUGCUGCAAAGAGCCGCAGCAUCUGUGACAACGGCGAGCCGAUGUCCUUCCAGAGAUAAUUGAGCCUUGAUUUAGCGUCGUUUAUUACAAUUUUUUUUUAUUUUUGCUUGCAUUUAUUUCCACAUCAUCAUCAUCAUCAUCAUCAUCAUCAUCUCUCUUUCAUCCCACUCACCCAGCUGUUCUGUCUCAUACAGAAAACACACUAUCUCUUGCUCUCUCUCGCUAUCACACACACACACCCCUACACACACGCACACACACACAGCUCUUUUGUUCUCAACUGAAUCUUUGUAUAAGAGAAAAAGAAAAAGACUUUUGUAAAAUUAUGUUUAUGCUUUAUGAAAUUUUUAUUUGAAAUUGUUUUGCAAAAUUGUUAUAUUUCUGUAUGAAUGUAUUUUUUAUUGGAAUAAUAAGAAAUUCUUAUCUGA